AUGACAAGUUUAAGUUCAAUUAAGGUACCAGUGUUUAAAGGUAAAAACUUUGAACACUGGAGGUUACAGAUGGAGGAUAUUUUCAUAUACCAAGAGGUGUGCGAUAUUGUGAAAGAUGGUUAUGUAGAACCAGCAAAAGGAACUGUUUUAACAGCACAACAACAAAAUGCUUUAACAGUAAACAUGAAGAGUAAUUAUAAAACAACUUAUAUUCUUCAUCAGGGUAUUCAUGAAUCUCUCAUGGAUAAAGUUAUUUAUAUUAAAGAAGCUAAGAGAGCAUGGUAUGGUUUGAUAAACUAUUACAAAGGAUUUGACAAGGUCAAGAAGGUGAGAUUACAAACCUUGAAGAGGAAAUAUGAACAGUUACAGAUGGAAACUACUGAAACAAUAUCAGAGUUUUUCUCAAAGACAUUGAAUAUUGUCAAUGAGAUGAAGGUUAAUAAUUAUACAAUAGAAGACUCUGCAAUUGUAGAGAAGAUUUUAAGAAGCUUACCUGAGAAGUUUGAAUCAAAAGUAACCGCUAGUGAAGAAUGUAACACUGCUGCAACUAUGACUCUUAAUGAGUUAUUGAGUUCUUUACAGGCUUAUGAACAAAGACUAUCUGAAAAAACAGUUGCUGCAAAACAAGUUGAAGAAGCUCUUCAAAGUCAAAUAAACUAG